ACAAAAAAGAUAAGAAAACAAGAGACUAAACUUCAAAAUCACAAACAUUUAGUACUAUCUUUUUGGUCAAGUUAUUUGUUUUGCUUGAACAUAGAAAAAAAACACAAAGUAAGAAGAUUUAUAAGCAAAGAAAACUCAUGGAAAUAUUUGAAGUUGGACCAUGUAAGAGCUCCUAUGAAUUGGGGUAUCUAAUAGGAGAGAAAUUCUCAUCCUUAAUAAACAGCAGAUUAGCAACAGACCUUAUUCUCCAAACACAGCUUCGCCCUUUCGCUAAAACCGAUCUUGCAAAAUCACUUAUCGAUUCUCUUUCUAACAAUAACCGCAACAAGUUUGCGCGUUACUGGGAUGAGCUCAUUGGGAUUGCGGAAGGAAGUGGCAUUCCUCUCCUUGAUAUAAUACUAAUCAACUUCAGGAAAGAGAUAUUAGCAUUUAUGCCAAAGAAAGAAGGCGCGAGCACACCUGUAGAAGAUACGCCAGAUGAUUGCUCUGAUGUUCUGGUAGUAAGUAAUAGCAUAGCCAUUGCAGCACACAAUGAAGACGCAAAUGUUGCUUUAGUUGGUCACACGUAUUUGAUCCGAGCAACUUUAAGCAAUGGACAUUCUUUUACAGCAUAUACAUAUGCAGGAGAGCUCCCAAGCUGUGCAUUUGGCUUCAACAGCCAUGGAUUGGCAUUCACAUUGAACUCAGUACCACCUCGUGACGAUGAAAUCAUAGCUGGAGGUAUUGGACGAAACUUUAUUUCAAGAGAUCUGCUUGAAGCAACGAACAUAGGUGAUGCACUCAAGAAAAUUCAGUCAUCAGAAGUGUCUGUUGGACAUAGCUAUAACCUAAUCGAUAUACCAACACGCAAGAUUCUGAACGUGGAAACAGCAUCGAGGAAUCGAUCAUCAGUCUUUGAGAUCAAUGCAACACCAUUUUUCCAUGCAAACAUGUAUCUUCACCUUCAAGUUCCACAGAUACAGGAUGAAAAUUCAAGAAGCAGACAAGAAAGAGCAUCUUCAUUGCCAAAAGAAUCAAUAGAUGAUUUCCUUUCACUUCUUGGAGACAUAGAUGACAAAAGAUAUCCCAUUUACAUGACAGGACCGACAUUGUACACGUUGUGCACAGCCGUGUUCAAUCUUGAUGGACCAACACUAUCUAUCAUUGAAGGGAACCCAAAAGAAGGAAAGGUUACUCAUUUAUUCCAAAUGCAUUAGAGGCUCUUCAACUAUCAAAUGCUCUUUCAUGAACAACAAUCUCAAAGAGGUUCGUAGAGGCCAAUUGCGUAGCCAUCCGAGCGUCUCAUGGCUGCAACAUAAUUACAAUGGCAAGAAACAAGUAUUAGAUGCUUUUGAAUUGCAAGAUAAUAUUGUAUCUGUAUUCUUUUACGGCAUAAUUUUUAGAAAAAAGGUAUACUUGCUAA